UUUAAACCCUAAUAAAUAUGAUUUUAAAGAAAAAAAAAUAUGCAUAUCGGUAAUUUUUUUUACAUUGUGCAAAAAAUUAAAAAAUUCACGGUUCCGGUUACUAUAACCGUUGUGUUACCCACAACCGCAACAACAACUGCAACCACAACCGCAACCAUUACGGCCACUGCAACUGCUUUUCGAAACCUCAGGUCAUUUAUUGAAGACUCUCAAGCUGGCAUUAAGAUAUCUCCUCAAGAUAACAAUUAUCUUGGGUUGAAUGAUAGGCUAGUGACACUGACUGGUACUCUAGAGGAACAGAUUCGGGCUAUUGAUUUGAUUUUAUCAAAACUGGCAGAGGAUCCUCAUUACACACAGUCCUCUAGUGCUCCUUUUCCGUAUGCUGUUCGUAUUGAUUCUAGAAUACUUCUCCAAACUUCGGUAUUAUGGAAACCUGUCAGUAAGAGAAAAGAAGGGAGGAUGGAGUCAAUUUCAUGAUAUGGUUCAAAAGUUCUAUACUGAUCAAUGAAAGAGAUGGGGGAAUUUUCUACAUGAAAUAUUACAUACCAAGGCUGGAAUAAUCUGAGCUAAAAAAG